AUGACAUUUACCCCCAUGGCACCAUUACCAGUCCUGUCAGAGUUUUCUGCGACAUGGAGACAAUGGACGGAGGAUGGACGGCAAUUCAGAAACGCGUAAACGGAUCCCUGAGUUUUGACAGGACCUGGACGGAAUAUAAGAAUGGUUUUGGUUCACCUGAACAGGACGUCUGGGUUGGAAAUGAUAUAAUCCAUCAGUUAACAAAAGCAAACAACUCAUUCCUCUAUGCUGCCAUCACUCUCCACAAUGGUACAAUGUUGCAUGAGUUGUACGGUCGCUUCUCUGUCUCCGAUGAAACAGAAAAAUAUCAACUC